AUGAAGAUUCUGAAAGUGUUACUGGUAGUGCUGCUUGUGGUGAAUCUGACCACCGGAUUUUUCUUUAAAAAGAAGAAAAAAGUGUACGUCCAUCAUCCACCGGCAGCACCGGCGCACCCACAAUACACCGCACCAUAUCCGUACACCCACAGCCACAGCCAUUACUAUCAACCUGUUCCGUACUACUAUUAUGCACCUGUGCACGCUGUCCCUGCUGCUCCACCGGUACCAGUACCGAGUACAGAUUCAUCGCAAGUAACGCAUUCGUCUAGCAAACAGGCACUGCCCGUCUUCGAGCCGGCAAGCUUCAACGCUGGUGCUUCGAAAAAUGUAGAAAUCGUACCAUCGCUCGGAUUCCAAAUGGGUACAAAAACCGAUGUUAUAGAGAUCUAUAAAUCGGAGGGUAGAUACAUUGAGUUACCCUCGGAAACCGUUCCAAUCGAUGAUACCGAUAGCAUUGCACCAAUCAUCCCCUCGGUUAUCCCGAAUGUUGAUAGCGGAGUACAACUCCCAACACAAACAACUUUAAUCGAAUUGAAUAGUGCCGUACCCGUAGAAUCGGACUCCUUACCGAUCCUGCUGCCCAACGUGGAAACUGCCGUCCUAGACAGCAAUGAUAAUUCCCCAGCCGUGCGCGUUGGCGUUGAAGCCAUAGAGCCGAGAACGAUGGAUGAAAAAGUUGAGGAACCGCCGCAGUCCGUUCAAAUUACUCAGAGCGACAGUUCUGAGCAGUUGAUUACGACAGUUAUUGAGGAUACAAACCCUACCACCGAGGCUGCGACUGCAGGUGUAUCAAACGAUGAGCCACUAUCCGAUGUUGUGUUGCUUAAUUCCGGAGGAUCGGUGCAAGUCAGCCCUUCGACAGAAACCGGUGAGUUAGGUUCAACACCUUUGGAUGUACUUCAAUUCCCCGAGGUUCAGCAAUUACUUAAUGAGCUUAUAAAAAACGAGCAGUUUGACGAAAAACGGUUUAAUAUUGGUACCAUAUCUAACGGUGACCUUGAAUCAACGAAGCCGGUAGAAAUUGAUCCUCAGGUCAGCUAUAGUCGAGUAGUGCGCCAAUAA